GUCUCAGACGAAGGCGAAUGGCUCGACAUUGAAAACGACGAGGAGGCCAUCCCCGUCAUCUCCCUCUUCGACGCCCAGAGAACCUUCCCCAGCUGGCCGGAGAUGCUCGAGAGCUGCAAAGCGGAGCACGGCUUCGACCUCAUCGCCGCCAUCAAGAACCUGCAGCUCGACUUCCACGGCGCCGUCAAGCUCGUCAACUUCAUCCGCAGCCGCGUCCGGGACGGGCAGCCCGUGCCCAAGGACAGGGACCUGACGCUGGCCGACUUUGAGGACGACGCCUACUUCAAGCCCGUGCUGGACAAUGACGCCCUCAUCGUCUCGCUGGAUGAGAUUCUCGACAGUGACCUCGUCAAGGCGGACAGCGGCAGUGCUGCUGCUGCUGCUGCUGCUGCGGGCCAGCUGGACGACGGAUCUCGGGAAAAGGAGCUGUUGACGCAGAAGCAGGCGCUCGAGGCCGAGUUGGAGUCCGUCCGGACGCAGUUCUCAAACUACCGGCUGGCCGUGCAGGAGACGCUGGAUCGUCGCUGGGGAGAUGACGAGGAACAGAGCCCGGCCAAGGGCAAGGCCGGCAGCGGCGAGGACCGCAGCAACUACUAUUUCGAAUCUUACGCCUACAACGAUAUCCACGAGACUAUGCUCAAGGACACGGUCAGGACGGAGGCCUACCGUGACUUCAUCUACAACAACAAGCACAUCUUCAAGGGCAAAGUCGUGCUCGAUAUUGGCUGCGGCACAGGCAUUCUGAGCAUGUUCUGCGCCAAAGCCGGCGCAGCUCGCGUCAUUGCUGUCGACAAGUCAGACAUUAUCAAGAAGGCAACUGAAAACAUCUUCAACAACGGCCUCUCCGACAUCAUCACCUGCGUCAAGGGCGGUAUCGAAGACGUCAAGCUGCCCGUCGACCAGGUCGACAUCAUCGUCAGUGAGUGGAUGGGCUACUGCCUGCUGUACGAGGCCAUGCUUCCCAGCGUUCUCUAUGCCAGAGACAAAUACCUCAAGCCUGAUGGCCUGCUGGUUCCCAGCUCCGCCACUCUGUGGAUGGCGCCCGUCCAGGACACCGACUACGUGAUGGAACACAUUUCUUAUUGGAGAGACGUCUAUGGUUUCGAUAUGAAAGCUAUGCAAGAAGGUAUCUAUGAUGAGGUCAGAGUCGAGGCGGUCCCCAAGAGCACCCUGAGCGGAGAGCCAUACCCCUUCAAGGUCCUCGACCUCCACACGGUCAAGCCCGAGGAGCUUUCGUUCACAGCCAAGUGGGAGUCACGGCUGUCGCGACCUUCAGAGGGCUUGGACGGCUUCCUCAUCUGGUUCGACAACUUCUUCGCCACUUCUAGGGACGAGCCCGUGCCCGAGCCCUUCACGACUCCCGAAGACUUCGUAAAGGCGAAGCCGGGCAACGUCGCAUUCACGACCGGUCCUUCCGGCACCGUGACCCAUUGGAAGCAAGGCCUGCUUUUGGUACCCCGAGAGUCCACUCCGUCCAAGCUGCCAGAAACAAUAUCUGGGCAAGUCACCUUUGCAGCCCUCGAGGAGAAUGCAAGAGCAUUG